AAAAAGGUGAGAGAAGAGUGUGAUCUUGGCUUCCGCAUUAAACCUCUUUUUGACUGAGCGGAACUCCCAUAUCGUUUGGGCUGGUCACUGUUAAUGUCUACAUGUUGAAAUGAACGGGGAGAAAGAGGAACGCCACACACCUUCUCGUCAGUGGUACUUUGGCUUCUCGGAGUUUGGCCGCUUGGGUUUUGUUUGAACUCCUUGAUAAGAGCACUCUGCGGCUGAGAUGAGGGACCGACUGAGCGAGCUGCAAGUUGCCCGCCAAAAACCUCCUGGCCCCUGGCCUGAGGAGCAGAGCUUCAGCUCCACAGUCGACGAGAACCAGGAGCAGACUGUGAUGCUGUUCGAGGGAGAGGACGCCAUGGAGAGCUUCUUCAAGGAGGUGCGGGCCCUCCGGCUGGAGGUGAGCCAGCUGCGGAUGAACGUGAAGAACCUGGGCAAGCAGAACACCCGGUUCCUCACCUCGGUGAGGCGCCUCAGCAGCAUCAAGAGGGACUCCAACGCCCUGGGGCGGGACAUCAAGAAGAGGGCGGAGCUGACGUACGCCCGCCUGGAAAAGCUGGAGGCGCGCAGCAAGGCGCUGGAGGAGGAGCACGGCCCCGCCUCGGCCCUGGUGCGCAUGGUGCGCUCCCAGUACGUCUCGCUGACCGGCGCCUUCCACCAAGCGCUGUCCGAGUACAACGACGCCGAGGUCCUCCAGAGGGAGAACUGCAAGGCCCGCAUCCAGCGGCAGGCCGAGAUCAUGGGCCAGGAGCUGAGCUGGGAGCAGAUAGAAGACAUGAUCCAGACGGGCGAGUGGGGCGCCUUCAGUGAGAACCUGCUCACCGACGGCCGUACGGGCGCCCGCCUGGCGCUGACGGAGAUCGAGCAGCGGCACAGGGAGCUGGUGGAGCUGGAGGGCCGCAUCGGCGAGGUGAGGGAGCUCUUCUUCCAGAUGGCCCUGCUCGUGGAGGAGCAGGGCUUCAUGCUGGACAACAUCCAGGCCAACGUGUCUGCCACGCAGGACUACGUCACCAAGGCCAACGAGCAGAUCCGGCUGGCGGUCAAGUACAAGAAGGACAACCCGUGCAGGAAGCUUUGCUGCUGCUGCUGUCCCUGUUCUUGAGGUCGGGGAUGGGUUUCAAGCGUCGCCAUGGCUACACCUCACCAAAGACCUCAAUGGGUUUCAAGCCUCCAUCAUCAUCAUCCCAAUGUGGUGACACUGGGAUGACGAUGAUGAGGCCUUGUAAAGGCAAUAUCUGGUGUGAGGUUUACAUUGGAGACACGAUUUAAGGGCAAGGUCUGAUAUGAAAGGACUGGCAUCAUGGGAAUGUCCAGGCUAGACCUCAAGUGAAUAACCUUAAUGGGCUUAACACACAGUUGAAGUCUCCUUGCAGUGAUGAUUAUGCAUUCAUGAAAUAUAUACUUUUUUUUCCGUGGGCUUUUUGUUUAUUUAAGUAUUAUGCUUCACUCUACCAUUUAAGCAUGCCAUAAUUGCAUGCCAAGCUGGUAGCUUAUUAAUGUUUGUUUCACACACAAAUACAUACAUACAUACAUACAUACGUAUACAUACAUACGUAUACAUACA